CGGCUACGUUUGUGUUAGCGGAAGGCGCUGUAAGUACGUGGACUGGAUUAGGGGGUUUCAGAGGUGGACUUACUGGGAGUCACGACGGGAGGGGCAAGCCAGAGGACUGGGAUCUUCUUUUAGAAAAAACGGUCCAGGAAUCCACUGUAGGGAUUUGACUCUUGUGAAAGGAAUGGGACUUGGGAGAGGAAGUGAGCCUACAGCCGGGGUGUCUCCCUUAGGGAAGAUUGUUGCAGGAAUCAACGGUUGGAAGGGUACAAGUGCCCUGGCCUCUGGUCUGACUCCAGUAGACUCAUGAGGAGACAAACCACAAAGUUAUGUGAUAGUAGAUAUUGCAAGAACUUGCUUCAGAGACAAGAGGAACCUCACUCUGCCGGGGAUUGGAUGGAGCUUGGGAAGAUUUCACAAAGGUUGUGUGUUAGCAGAGGCGCAUUUUCCAGGCCAAAAGAAAAGUCAACAAAAGACAUGAAUAGAUAUUUCCUAGAAAAGAAACUAUGAAGAGAUGCUCAUCACCACCAAGGAGCAGAGAAUUACAAAUCAAGAAUACAGUGAGAUCCAUUUGAACCACAGCGACGUCUCCCCGCGAAGAAAAGUCGACAACAACUUCAGCGAGAAAAAGCCCUUGUAGAGCAAAGCCAAAAACUUGGGCUUCAAGAUGGAUCAACCUCAUUACUUCCAGAGCAGCUGCUUUCAGCACCAAAACAGAGAGUUAACGUUCAAAAACCACCUUUUUCUUCCCCUACUCUUCCGAGUCAUUACACUCUCACCUCUCCUGUUGGUGAUGGACAACCACAGGGCAUUGAAAGUCAGCCAAAGGAACUGGGACUUGAGAAUUCCCAUGAUGGUCACAACAAUGUUGAGAUUCUACCUCUAAAGCCAGAUUGCAAAUUGGAGAAAAAGAAAGUGGAAUUGCAAGAAAAAUCUCGUUGGGAAGUCCUCCAACAAGAACAACGGCUAAUGGAAGAGAAAAAUAAACGUAAAAAAGCUCUUUUGGCUAAAGCUAUUGCAGAAAGAUCCAAAAGAACUCAGGCAGAGACCAUGAAACUAAAGCGGAUCCAGAAGGAGUUGCAGGCUUUAGAUGACAUGGUGUCAGCUGACAUUGGAAUUCUCAGGAACCGGAUUGAUCAGGCCAGCUUAGACUAUUCAUAUGCUCGGAAGCGGUUUGACAGGGCUGAAGCAGAGUACAUUGCAGCAAAGCUAGAUAUACAGCGCAAGACUGAGAUAAAAGAGCAACUCACUGAACACCUUUGUACGAUCAUACAGCAAAAUGAGCUCCGAAAGGCCAAGAAGUUGGAGGAGUUGAUGCAACAACUAGAUGUACAAGCCGAUGAAGAGACUUUGGAGCUUGAGGUGGAGGUCGAGAGAUUGCUACAUGAACAAGAAGUAGAAUCAAGGAGACCAGUGGUUCGUUUAGAGAGGCCAUUUCAGCCUGCGGAGGCGAGUGUGACAUUAGAAUUUGCUAAAGAGAACAAAAAGUGUCAAGAACAAGCUGUUUCCCUAAAGGUAGAUGAACAGUGUGGAAAUUCCAGUAGCAUCCCCUUUCUUAGUCCAAACUGCCCAAAUCAAGAAGUUAAUGACAUUUCAGCUGCUUUAGCCACAUGAAGUUCUGGUAUUCUUUUGAGCUAAUAUGGUAUUGAGUAAACUAUACUUUUUGCAGUAGAUCAUGCCCUGACCUCCAAUGAAAACCUCUUUAAAACAAUGCUGAUUUUUGAAUUCAUGAUUAGUUUUAGUAAAUUAAUAUGUUUGGCCAUUUUAAAAUCCAAAAUUAUGAUAAUUGUAUUUCUAGGGGUAUGUUUUCACCUUGAUUUUGGCCCAGUUCUUUCAGUGUUCUGUUUAUCCUUUUUACUGAAUUAAAGUGAUUUAAAAGGAUGAAAGAAAAACUACAUGGUUGGAGUGUUUUUAGACCAGAUAAAUAUAGAAAGGAAAAUGGAAAAUGAUACUCAAUACCUAGUUGAACUCAUUUCACUUCUCCUGGGAGAUGUAUUAAGACUGGAAGUCCUAUUUUAUUUAAUCAGCAUCAGUAAAAAGACAAAAAUUACAGUGUGAACAAGAGAAAAACAGGAAUAGAAGAAAAAAGUUGCAGGUUGAAUUAUCUAUCUGGAUAUUACUAGAGCUGUAAAACACAACGUGGAAAUUGGAAUUUAUGUGAAGAACCAGACAACUUAAACCAGCAUCACUUUUGUCUUCAAUUUGCCUUCAAAUGGUUUUAGUUUACAACCUGCAUUUUGUUAUUUGAAACAUACACACGUAUAUAUAAACACAUGUAAUUUUACUAUUAUAUUGUCUUUCCUUUAAUUGAUGAAUUGAUUAAAUUUAGACAAUUAAAACAUUUCUAAAGUGAGGCUGAAAAUAAUAUAGAAAAUCUCAUUGCUGCUUGUGAUUAUCAAAAAAAGUAUGUGUUUUCUUUCUAAAGUUAUCUAUAAAUAUGUGUUUGAUAUGUUGGACAUGAAUUACCCUGUCAUGAAGCAUUUAAAUUGUUAAAAUGCUGAUUUUCUUAUUAGUUUGUUAAUUGCCUGUUACUAGUACUUGACCAAUACAUUGUGCUAUAUGUAAAUGUGUAAAUAAAUAUUGUAAUUUUCUCACAAA